CCCAAGAUGGCGGCCCCCGUCGGUCCGUUGAAGUUUUGGAAACCAGGCACAGAAGGGCCUGGUGUCAGCCUGUCAGAGGAGAGACAGAAUGCUGCUGAAAGUUCAAGUGUUUCGGUCAUCUAUAAUCCCUAUAUUUCCCUUUCUGUUGAACAACAGAGGCAAAAGUUGCCUGUUUUUAAGCUUAGAAAUCAUAUCCUUUAUCUGGUAGAAAACUAUCAGACAUUAGUGAUUGUUGGAGAAACAGGAUGUGGGAAGAGCACUCAGAUUCCUCAAUAUCUAACAGAAGCUGGUUGGACUGCCGAAGGCCGGAUAGUGGGAGUAACACAGCCUCGGAGAGUUGCUUGUGUUUCAAUUGCAGGGCGGGUAGCUGAGGAGAGAGGUGCCUUGCUGGGUCAUGAAGUUGGAUAUUGCAUACGAUUUGAUGAUUGUACUGACCCACAGGGUACAAGGAUUAAGUUUCUAACAGAUGGAAUGCUGGUCAGGGAAAUGAUGGCUGACCCAUUAUUAACCAGAUAUAGUGUUAUCAUGUUGGAUGAAGCCCAUGAAAGAACUUUGUAUACAGACAUUGCCAUUGGAUUAUUAAAAAAGGUUCAGAAAAAACGAGGAGAUCUUCGCUUGAUUAUAGCAUCAGCUACACUGGAUGCUGAGAAAUUUAGGGAUUUCUUUAACCAAAAUGAGAGCAGUGAUCCAAGCAAAGAUACCAGCAUGAUCCUUACUGUGGAAGGACGGACAUUUCCAGUGGAUGUCUUCUAUAUUCAGAGCAGGCGCAGACUUGAGUGGAGGAGGGCUUCGGGAACCUUCCCCCGUCCCCUUCUGCACCGGCCAGCUGGAGCAGACUUCAGACAAGUGCUACGGGGGCUCGGUGGAAUCUUCAUGCUUUUCCUCCCCUGGAAUCUUAAUUCUCCCCUUCCCCCUCCACAGAAGGGCUAUGGGCAAGCUUGGCAGCACCUUCAUGCCCUCUCUCCUCCUCCACAGAAGGAGAUGGACAGUCCUGUUCCAGAUUAUGUGAAAUCAACUGUGGAAACAGUCAUGAAAAUUCAUCACUCAGAAGGUGAUGGAGAUAUACUGGCAUUUUUAACUGGCCAGGAAGAAGUAGAAACAGUUGUUUCUAUGUUGAUAGAACAAGCUCGAACCAUCGCUCGCACAGGCAUGAAGAAGCAUCUGCGUGUUCUUCCUAUGUAUGCUGGAUUGCCUGCUACUGAGCAGAUGAAAGUUUUUGAGAGGGUAUCUCAUAAUGUGAGAAAGGUAAUAGUGGCUACUAAUAUUGCAGAAACCUCUAUCACAAUCAAUGGCAUUUCAUUUGUCAUAGACUGUGGCUUUGUGAAACUUCGUGCAUAUAAUCCAAAAACAGCCAUUGAAUGUCUUGUGGUUGUCCCAGUAUCUAAGGCCUCAGCUAAUCAGAGAGCUGGUCGUGCUGGUCGGAAUCGCUCAGGAAAAUGUUACAGACUUUACACAGAGGAAGACUUUGAGAAGUUGCCACAGUCCACCAUUCCUGAAAUGCAACGAAGUAACCUGGCACCAGUUAUCUUGCAGCUUAAGGCAUUAGGAAUUGACAACGUGCUUAGGUUUCCCUUCCUCUCACCUCCACCAGCUCAAUCAAUGGUGCAAGCUCUGGAGCUAUUGUAUGCCUUAGGAGGACUUGAUAAAUAUUGUCGUCUCACUGAACCUCUGGGAAUUAGGAUAGCAGAGUUCCCUUUAAAUCCCAUGUUUGCAAAGAUGCUCCUAGAAUCAGGAAAUUUUGGCUGCUCCCAAGAGAUUCUGAGCAUUGCAUCCAUGAUGCAAAUCCAAAAUAUCUUCACAGUUCCUCCAAACCAAAAGGUUCAAGCUAUUAGAGAACAUAGAAAAUUUGCUGUUGAGGAGGGUGACCAUCUCACGAUGCUUAAUGUCUAUGAAGCUUUUAUAAAACACAACAAAAGUUCUCAGUGGUGUCAGGAGCACUUUCUGAAUUAUAAAGGCCUUGUUAGAGCCACAAUUGUAAGGGAGCAGCUGAAAAAACUUCUUGUCAAGUUUAAAGUGCCAAAAAAAUCCAGUGAAGGUGAUCCAGACCCUGUUCUAAGGUGUAUUGUUUCUGGAUUUUUUGCUAAUGCAGCCAGAUUUCAUUCUACUGGGUCCUACAGGACUAUUCGUGAUGACCAUGAACUUCAUAUCCAUCCCACCUCAGUGCUCUAUGCAGAAAAACCUCCUCGUUGGGUAGUAUACAAUGAAGUUAUACAGACUUCAAAGUAUUACAUGCGAGAUGUUACAGCUAUUGAAUCUGCUUGGUUAUUGGAACUGGCCCCUCACUUCUAUCAGCAAGGAACGGUACAGGCUCGGCAUAGACUCCAAACGCACCUUUCCCUGAAAGCCAAAAGAGCUAAAGUAGAUGACCACUGACUCUCUCUGGCUGUUGAAGUUCGCCAUGUGUGAUGCUGAAAUUGUCGCCAAUUUGAAGUUGUACAACUGUCCUUCCAACAAUUAGUUGAUUAGCAACCUGACCCCAUAUCAACUAUACAUGUUGAAAUGCCUGCUUGCCAGGAUUCUGUAGGGAUGUAUGCAUGACCAAUACAUUGUAACACUUAAAUAGAGCUUGUAUUGUGGACAUCUUAUCCAGCAGUCUAGUUGUGAUGACCACUCCUGUUCACCAGGGCAUUAUGCUCAUUUUAAACAAAAUAGAAAAAAUUAUCAGUGCAAAAGAAAAGAUACACAAUUCAAGGAAAUUUGCAAUACAUGAAUAACUAUAUUGUUCUCUUGAAGCAGAAAGGGGUGGAGGCAGAUUCAGUGCCCUCAGAGAGUUGCUCAGGAUCCUUCAGACCACUGUGAGAAACUUGAUCAUCCUGGACCCACCUGCUUAUUGUAGGCAGAUUUGGGAACACAAGCAAAGCCUUGACGUACCUUAAUGGGUGGAAAUGAAAACCUUGAAACUGUGAUUGUGCCUAACUGCUGUGAUUUUCCCCCCCUUACUUUUUUUCCUGUAAAGCAAUAGAUUUCUAAUCUUUUAUCAGUUUCUAUAUUUGUUCUUUCUUGCAUUUUCUCUCUUACAAUGGUCAUGCUUUUCAAAUUAGCCUGUUUUACAACCAUCAUGUCAACAUUUUCACUAAAUUGAGCUCCUUGAGAAAGGACUUCAAUGUGGGUAUAUUGUUUGUUGUUCCCUUUUGCUUUAAAUUAAGAAAUAAGGAGCUUGGGGCCAAUCUCAUGAAUAAGUAUUUGUACGUUCUCAACUUUUUGAUAUAGCAUUGAACAAAAAUCUGUGGUUCUUUGGCCUUUGGUUUAUAUUCUAUGCCAGUCUGUUAAAAUUCAGAUAGUGGUGAUUAUAGCAAUGGGGAUAGAGUGUCCAACUUUAAGAUAGAGUCAGAGGGACCACCUCCGGAGGACAUUCUCUUUUUUUCCCAACUGAGGCUCAGUAGAAUGUAAGAAUUCCUUGGAGUGAGACAGGACUCUGCAGAACUGCUAGUGCUCUACCUAGGUUUCUGUUGCAUGCUCCUUGUACAGUAAAUAAGUUUGGGUGAAAUUACUGUAGCAUGGGGGGAAAAUGAUGCUCUGUGGAAACAGCAAAUGAGGACAAAUUCAAGAAAUUAAAUCAGCACUGGCCCCAUUUUACAAAAAGUUCCUAUUAAUUCGAAAUCCAUCUGACAGUAUUAUUUUUAGCCAAAUCUAACAAAUGACAAAGUUUGCUUCCAUUAAUCUUUUUUUUUUUUAAAAAAAAAAACAACCUUUGAUGUAUAUAUUUUUCACCUUGCAGUUGUGCUAGGACUGUCUUCCUCAGAGAUGAAGGAUGGUCUGUAUAGACUACACUGCUUAAGCUAAGCUGUGCAUUGGCUGUUUUUCUUUUGUAAUUUCCUUCUUUGCCUCAGUAGGUUGGUUUUGAUAUAUUUAUUAAUUUUCAAAUAUUUAUUUUGGAUAUAUGGAUUUUGGAUAUAUGGAUUUCUUUCUAGAACAUGGGUUGGUUGUAUGACUUGUUCUCUUCUUUCUCCUUCCUCUUAUAAAAUAUACGUAAAUUGUGGCAUUAUUUUUACACAGAAUAUGGGUGUGCAUCCUGAGUCACUUUUUCAAAUUCCUCUUCCCAUUCUGCUUUUCACGAAUCUGCAGAGAAGCUUGAUCCAUCAAUGUGUGAUCCACACCGUGUCUUUGUGUUGUAUGUGCAGUUUAACAAAAUUUAAUUCCAAUCUUUGGAUUAUUGGUUUCUCUCCCUCGCCCCCUGUAUGUGAAUUCCAUAGGCUUGAGGUUAUCUUUUAUUUUCUGUGUACUAUGUAAUGUCCAGAACGGUGUUGAUGCUCCAUAAUGAGCCUCUUAAAAAGCUCUUUUCCUUUAAAGGAGUCUGCAAAGUCCUGGGUGCAAAGUGUAUAAAUUUCCAUGUUGCUUUGUCUUCUUGUAACAGUUCAGAAAAUACAAAAUAAAGUUGUCUUCCAUAAU